UCCGCCGCUCUCCUCCCGGCUCCCGGCGGUUCCCGAGCCAAGGGCCUGCGGCUGGAGCUGCCGAGCGAUCGCCUGCUGAAGUUCGUCACCGUGGGGCUGCCCCUCUGCCUCGUCUCGCUGGCUUUCGCCCGGGAGUUCUCCGCCGGCUUGCAGAUCAGCUGCUUCUCUCCCACCAACUUCACGGGGAAGCAGUCCGCCUACGUCGACACGGCUUGCUGGGACUCCCUCGUCCACCACGGCUUCGAUGCCGAGGGACACGCCGUCACCAAGUCCCUCUGGGCUCUCAAGGUCUUCCCCUACUCGCUGCUGGUGGUGGCGGUGCUCAUGUACAUGCCUUACCUGCUGUGGCGUUACGCGGCCGUCCCCGCCCUCCACUCCGACCUCCUCUUCAUCAUCGACGAGCUGGACAAAUCCUACAACCGUUCCGUGCGCCUGGUGCAGCACAUGAGGAAGGUCCAGCAGGCCAGCGCCGAGCCGGAGCGAUUCUGGGAGGAAUAUGAGAGGGCCCGCCGGGAGAGGUAUUUUGAGUUCCCGUUGCUGGAGCGCUACCUCACCUGCAAGCAGCACGCCCACUCCUUGGUGGUCAUCUACAUCCUGAGGAGCCUGCUCCUGCUCUUGUUCAUGGCUGCCACCUGCCUCUACCUGGUCUUCCUCCACCUCAACAUCUUCUUCCAGGAUGAGUUCAGCUGCUCCAUCAAAACGGGGCUGCUCCAGGCGGAGCCCCACAUCCCCCCGCUCAUCCCCUGCAAGCUGGUCUUCUUCUCCGUCUUCCAGCUCAUCAGCCUCUCGGUCGGCGGCGUCUACGUCCUCCUCAUACCCGUCGUCAUCUACAACGCCCUGCAGCUCUGCCAGUGGGACAAGGGGCUGCUCUCCGUCUACGAGAUGCUGCCCGCCUUCGACCUCCUCAGCCGCAAGAUGCUCACCUGCCCCGUCAACGACCUCAACGUCAUCCUCCUCUUCCUCCGGGCCAACAUCUCCAAGCUGACCUCCUUCGGCCGCCUCAACGCCGUGAGCGCCUUGAGGGAAGCUGCCGCCAACAAGCAGGACAUCGAUACCGUCGUUGACUUCAUGACGCUGCUGGCCGGGCUGGAGACCACCAAGCCCAAACACCACACUUGCGCCCUCGAGCCCGACGGCAGCGCGCCCCUCUCCAACGGCGGGGCUCUAGAAACGAAGCCUGGAGUGGAAGCGACGGGAAAAGCCUCCCGGGACUCGCUCGGCUCUGCCUGA